GAUCGAUCGAUCGAGAUGGCUGCUGCUGCUGCUGCUGCUGCUUUAAAUUUGGCCUCGACGCCGAGCAGCUUCCUCGGCGUUGGGAAGAAGAAGAAGAAGCUCAUCACCACCAGGAAGCAGCACCGUCGAAGCAGAGUCGUCGUCAUGGCGAUGGCGGCGUCGGCCAGCAAUAGUAAGAAGGAGGCCGUGGACGAGACCAAGCAGACCAAGAGCGACAGGUGGAGGGGCCUCGCCCACGACAUCUCCGACGACCAGCAGGACAUCACUCGCGGCAAGGGCCUGGUGGACUCCCUGUUCCAGGCGCCCAUGGGCGACGGCACCCACGAGGCCGUGCUCAGCUCCUACGAGUACCUCAGCCAGGGUCUCCGUCAGUACAACCUGGACAACAUGAUGGACGGCUACUACAUCGCUCCGGCGUUCAUGGACAAGCUGGUGGUCCACAUCGCCAAGAACUUCAUGUCCCUGCCCAACAUCAAGGUGCCCCUCAUCCUGGGCAUCUGGGGGGGCAAGGGCCAGGGUAAGUCCUUCCAGUGCGAGCUCGUCUUCGCCAAGAUGGGCAUCAACCCCGUCAUGAUGAGCGCCGGCGAGCUGGAGAGCGGCAACGCCGGCGAGCCCGCCAAGCUCAUCCGCCAGCGCUACCGCGAGGCCGCCGACAUCAUCAGCAAGGGCAGGAUGUGCGUGCUCUUCAUCAACGACCUCGACGCCGGCGCCGGGCGCAUGGGCGGCACCACGCAGUACACGGUGAACAACCAGAUGGUGAACGCCACCCUGAUGAACAUCGCCGACAACCCCACCAACGUGCAGCUCCCCGGCAUGUACAACAAGGAGGAGAACCCCCGUGUCCCCAUCGUCGUCACCGGCAACGACUUCUCCACGCUGUACGCGCCGCUCAUCCGCGACGGCCGCAUGGACAAGUUCUACUGGGCGCCCACCCGCGAGGAUAGGAUAGGAGUCUGCAAGGGCAUCUUCCGCACCGACGGCGUCCCCGACGAGGCCGUCGUGAAGCUCGUCGACACCUUCCCGGGGCAGUCCAUCGACUUCUUCGGCGCGCUGCGAGCCCGGGUGUACGACGACGAGGUGCGCCGGUGGGUCGCCGAGACCGGCAUCGAGAACAUCGGCCGGAAGCUCGUCAACUCCAGGGAGGGCCCGCCGACGUUCCAGCAGCCCAAGAUGACGCUGGAGAAGCUGCUCGAGUACGGCCACAUGCUGGUGGCGGAGCAGGAGAACGUCAAGCGCGUCCAGCUGGCCGACAAGUACCUCAGCGAGGCGGCGCUCGGCGACGCCAACCACGACGAAGCCAUCACCGCCGGCAACUUGUACUACGGCAAGGCGGCGCAGCAGGUGGGCGUGCCCGUGCCCGAGGGGUGCACCGACCCAAAGGCCGGCAACUUCGACCCAACAGCCAGAAGCGACGACGGCAGCUGCGUCUACAACUGAUGAUGCUCUGCCCAGUCCUCUUUUAUCUUUUUGCAAAUUAAUUGUAAACUGCCUUCAAUUCAUGUUUGGCGUUAACAAGAAACAAGUUUGUAAUAGGCAUAUAUACGAGAAUAUUAAUAUUAAUA